AUGGCGACCUGCAGCCAGCUCCUCCUCGCGCUCGCCGUCGUUGCCGCCGCUGUUGAUUGCACGGCGGCGUUUGAUCAGGAUCACACGCCGUUCAAGCCGAUCCCUGACCUCUCCGUCCCGCGCAUCCAGGAGCUCGGUCGAUGGGCCGUGCAGCAGCACAAUGAUCAGACGGGCGACCGCCUGACGUUCACCAGAGUGAACGGCGGGCAGUUCCAGAUUGUGGCGCCGGCGCUCAACUACCUGCUUGACAUUGAUGCGACGAACGUCGACGGCACGGCCAGCACGCACACCGCCCUCAUCUUCGUGCAGUACUGGACCAACACGCAACGGCUCGACUCUUUCAACUGA